ACCACAACUGUGCCACGCACUCCUUCCUCCAUAUUCCUCAUUGCUGUUUUCUCCUCUCUCUCUCUCUCUCUCUCGCUCUCUCUUUCUGCAUCCACUUACUUAGUAGUGGUCCUCUUUGCUCUCGUGAGAGAGGCUGGAAUAUCUGGUUUCCUGAACAAUGGAAACUCAAUCAGGAAAUGGACCCGAGGUGUUGAAAGAAGGAGAGUACGCCCGUUCAUCUCCUCUCGCCCUGCGGCCUGCAGACGCUAAAGGGGACCUGGAGGAGGACAGAUGCAUUGAGAAGUUUGACAUCCCACUCAGCAGCCUGAAGCAAAUAUUCGAAAAACCAACAGUGCAACAUGUGGAAGUGAGAGGCUCACACUUGUCCACCAGGAAAGUUGCAGACAAAUAUAGUGGUUUAGAGGACAAAAUGUCAAAUCAGGAAUCAAACGUUGGUGACUCUGCGGGCAGCACAGGUGUUCUACCAUUAGGAGACACACACACUGACGGUGAGACUGUGCCUCUCAAGCAGAGACUGGCACUUUAUCAAGCUGCCAUUACUAAGGAAGAGCGAAGCCUGUCUGUGGUCAUGGACAGCUCUGAGCCUUGCUACCUGCCAGGCGGUCUGGCCAGCAUAAAGAAACAGUUUGAGAGCCAAGAGCUCAGUUCCUCCUCUGCAUCUCAAAGCACUGUUACACAAUACCACUACCAGCAGAGACAGGAGGUGGUGAGCUCAUCAGAGGUGACAGUGAGAAGCAGUGCUAAAGAAAGCAGUACAGCAAAUGCUCAGGUUUCCCUGGACGAGAAGAUUCAUCAGAGUGUGGCCACAAGUUUUGGGGAUCAUUAUGAGGAGAAAGUGAUGGUGGUUGGAGGAGAGAAUUUGUCAAAAGUUUCUACCCAAGCUCUAAAACAGCAACAUGAGAAAAGUAUCGAAGAGGCCACUCCUCCCAAACACAUCAAGAUUGAUCUUGAUUACAACCAGUUUCCAUGGGCCCCAGUAAAUAUUUCUUCAAAGACGUCUGCCACAGGUAGCUUUGAGACUGCGGCUGUCACUAAAACACUGCAAGAGACCUCUACCUCAUCUGUGGCUUCCUCACAAAAUGAGCCAGUGGAGCAAUUCCAUCAACCAGUAUGCACCAUACAUCACCUUCCUUUCCAAGUUCCAGGACAUUGUCCUUCCCCUAAACCAACAGAUCAACCUACUGCAGCCAAAUAUGCUGUCAAUAAAGAACAGUACUCCAAGCAGAGGAACCUCUAUGAACUUAAGCGUCUCUGCAAACACAUUCACCCUGAGGUGCGCAAAAAUUUGGAGCGUGACUUCUUUACUGAGGUGACGGAGACAGAGCACACCUAUACGGAUAGUGAUGAGGAGGUGAGCAGAGAUGUUCAGCAAGCACGGUUUGUUUUUGAGAACAGCGGCAGUACCAGUCCUGGCAAGUGCAUAAGCCCAGAGAGAGAGUAUCUGGAGUGGGACGAGAUCCUGAAAGGUGAGGUACAGUCAAUGCGCUGGAUGUUUGAGAACAAGCCGUUAGAUACUAUUAAAGAUGGCACUCCAGAUGAGGAUGAAGGCAAGAACAUAGCCCAACAGGAAAUCAUUGCAGGGAAAGAUGUGAGGUAUAACACAUGGAUGUUUGAAACACAGCCCAUGGACUCUCUAGGUACAGAACAAAAAGAAUCUGCAGAGCACAGUGGAAAACUAACAGAACUAGCCAGGGGAGAUGUCCAAACAGCAACAUGGCUAUUUGAGACACAGCCUCUGGACUCAUUUAGCAGAAUUUACCAAGAGGAUGAGCAGGAAAGACAGGUGAUUUGUACUAAAAACAUUGCAGGGGGAGAUGUGAAGACUGCUAGGUACUUGUUUGAAACACAGCACCUGGACACCCUUGGUCAUACUGAAACUGUUGACGAAAGUCACUUUCUGCAGCUGAAGUCAGAGCUUGAAGAGGUGAAAGGUGAGGUAAAGAAGACGACCAAGAUGUUCGAGACACAACCAAUGUGUGUCAUCCGGGGUGACUCUGGUGAGAUGCUCGAGAUUACCAAGGUACGCCGUGAGGAGACUGAAAAAGGUGAUGUCAGGACAUCACGCUGGCUCUUUGAAACUCAGCCUCUGGACCUGAUCAGCAAAGAUCCAACCAAGGUCAAAUUAAUCUGUGGAGUCUCCAUGAAGGAAAAUUAUCAGGGUGGAGUCAACAGGGGAAGAUGGCUGUUUGAGACAAAGACACUUGAUCAAAUCAAAGAUGAGGAAUUGGAAAGCACUAAGACUCAGGAGGAAAUCACAGGUGCAGAUGUAAGGAGACAUUGUAUGAUCUUUGAAACACAACCAAUGGAUAAACUGAAAGACAACACCAAUGCAAGACCAGUGUCCCUAGAAGACAUCAUGGGUGGUGAUGUUAACUCUGCUAGGCAUUUGUUUGAAACAGUGCCAAUGGAGAACCUGAAGGAGUUAUUAGAAGUAGGUAAGCUAACAAAGGUUGUGGCAUCAGAGGAAGAGAAAGGCGAUGUGAGACACCAGAGGUGGUUGUUUGAGAGCAGACCUCUUGAGCAGAUCAGAGAGGACAAGAAAGAGAUUACACGGACAGUUAAUCUGGAAGAUCUUGAGAAGGGUGAUGUCACAAAUUACAAGGAGAUAUUUGAGACCAUGGAUCUGAGCAAAUGUACAGAUGCACAGAGGAUUCAAGUGGAGGGGGUCACCAGCGGGUCAGUGAAAUCAAAUAAAGUGUUUUUUGAGUCUGCUCCCUUGUAUGCUGUACAGGACAGCUCAGGGCACUACCAUGAGGUCAAAACCGUGCGGAGAGAGGAAGUUGUUAAAGGGGACGUGAGGAGCUGCAAGUGGAUGUUUGAAACCCGUCCUAUUGAUCAGUUUGAUGAGAGCAUCAGUAAGUUCCAGAUAAUUAAAGGAAUUUCUAAAGAAGAAAUCCAAUCUGGUGAUGUCAAAACUGCCAAAUGGCUUUUUGAAACCCAGCCACUCGAUGGCAUUAAAUACUUCAGCAACUUAGAGGAAGAGGACAACAGGAAGAAUGAGAGCAUUGAGAUCCAAAGGGGUGACGUCAAAACAUGCCGAUGGUUGUUUGAGACGCAACCAAUGGAUGUCUUAUAUGACAAAUCAGAGAUAAAGACUGAGGACACCACAGAUGUACAGAAAGGAGAUGUUAAAACAUGCACCUGGCUUUUUGAAACUCAGACACUUGACAGCAUCAAGGAUGUGUCUGAGACAAUACUGAAAACGUCCACAGUAAAUCAAGAGGAUGUACAGGGCAAGGAUGUACGUCUAGUGCGUUUUCUUUUUGAGACAGAGAACCUGGAAAACAUCACAGAUGAUAGGGAUCAUAGUGGCUUUAAGCGAAUCACUGAGAUUGACAUUCAAUCAGGAGACGUAUCAAGGAUGAAAUACAACUUUGAGACACAUUCAUCUGAUAUCAUGACUUCCACAUCUGAGGAGACCAUGCAGAAACUGAAAUCCCAUCAAGCAGAGGAAAUUCAGAAAGGAAAUGUGGUGAGCUGCACCUGGAUGUUUGAAAACCAACCAAUUGAUUCCAUCAAGGAAAAUUUGGAGGACUCCAAAGAGGUACGCACAGUAAUGGAUAUUCAAGGAGGUAAUGUUGAUAAAGGUCGCUUCAUUUUUGAGACAUGCUCAUUAGAUAAGAUUCAAGAGGAGGCAUCUGAUACUGAGAUCAGCAAACUCCAGAGCAUCAUACGCAAGGAGAUUGAAAAGGGUGAUGUGAAAAACUAUACCAUGAUGUUUGAGACUCAACCACUGUAUGCUAUAAAGGACAAAGAGGGACACUUUCAUGAGGUUACAACAGUCACAAAAGAAGAGAUUAUGAGAGGAGAUGUGCUUGGGGCAAGAUGGUUAUUUGAGACAAAGCCUCUUGACUCGAUAAGAGACAUAGAUGAGGUUUAUGUCAUUAAAUCUGUUACUGAGGAAGACGUCCAAAAAGGAGAUGUCAGCACCGCCAGGUGGAGGUUUGAAACUCAGCCUCUAGAUGAGAUUACUGAAGAUAUGAAAGUUACUAUUAAGACAGUCGCAGACAUCCAAGGGGGAGAUGUGAAAUCAAACAAGCAGCAUUUUGAAAUGGAUGACCUUUCAAAGAAAUACGUGAAAACUGUUAGUGUAAGUGAGAUUCAGAGAGGUAACGUGAGAAGUUCCACAUGGAUGUUUGAAACUCACACCAUUGACAAAAUCCGUGGUGAAGGUUCAGAGUACGAGGAGAUGGAGAAGGUGACACAUGAAGAAGUGGUAAAAGGUGAUGUUAAACAGUCUGUGUGGCUCUUUGAAAAAGAACCACUUGACCGUAUCAAGGAAAUUGAUGGAACAGAAAAUGUCAUUUCAAGAGAAGAAAUCCCAAAAGCAGAUGUGAAGACAACAACAUGGCUGUUUGAAACCACCCCCCUGACAGAGUUUAAUGAGAGCAGUGUGGAGAGAACGGAAAUCAUUGGUAAGAGCAUCAAGGCUACCCUGGAAGAGCUGUAUUCUCAGAAAAUGGUUGAGUCGCAGGGUAUUCUGAUUGAGGCAGAUGAGAUUGGAGAUGUCAGAAUGGCUAAAUACAAACUUCUAAACCAGGAGACCCCAGAGAUCCAGAAAGAAGAGGUAAUACAUGGAGACCUGAACAGUAUUAUGAUGAACUUGCUUAACCGACGAGAGAUAACAGAGAGGGGAAUCACCAUAGAUAGGGAGGAGAGAGGAAAUAUUAACUUAACUGUCCAACAGCUCUUCACCCAAGAGAAGGGUGGUAAUGUGGUGAAAGAGGAGAUCCUCAGAGGAGACAUACAAGAGGCUAUUAAUAACUUGCUAAAGCAGGAAGGAUCUGCCAAAAGUGGCAUUCUGAUUCAAGAGGAUGAGAAAGGAAAUGUGAGAAUGACCAUCUACUCACUCCUAAACAAAGAAAUUGGAAGCAGUGUUGAGAAAGAGGACAUAGUCAGAGGAAAUGUCCGUGGAACACUGCAUAGGCUGCUGGGAAAUGCUGAUGAAAAGGACCUGUCCUCUAAGAUAAGCGUGGGAGACUCAGAGAGAGGAAAUGUCCGUUUUUAUUCUACUUGUAUUGAGUCUGGGGCAUUGGACUACCUCAGGCAACUUCAAAUAGGGGCCGAUGAAAUCGUUGAGGAAAAAGUGAAAGAAAAGAUCAUCGGUGGUGACAUAGAACAAACAAAACAGAUUCUAAGAAGGAGCCAACAGAUAAUAGGACGAACUGUUGCUGAAGAUGAUAUUGUUCCGGGUGAUGUUCAUAAUACAGUACAGGUGUUUAUGAUGGAACCCCUGGUUUCCCUGUGUAACGUGCAGAAGGAGGAGAUAGUAAAGGGAGACUUGAGAGCAGCCCUUGACUCUCUUUCACAAGCUGUUAACCAAUGUGUUGUCACUGAAAAAGAGGAGAUAGUCAAAGGAGACAUAAGCACAACACUUAAGUCUCUUGAGGAGGUUCAAAAUAAACUCAAAGAGGUAGAAAAGCCUGAAAUUGUUCCUGGGGAUAUUAGGGGUGCAUUGCAGUCUCUUGAGAAAUCAUCAUCUGCAAAGACUGAGGUAGUAAUUGAAGAUUUGGUCCCAGGAGAUAUCAAAGGGACCUUGAAAUCCCUAGAGAUAGCAAAGCAGGCAGUAAAAGAGGUAGAGAAAGAGGAGAUUGUUAAAGGUGACAUCCAUACUGCUCUGCUUAGUCUUCAAGAGGCAUCAACUGAAAAGAGGGCAUUCCAGCACCAAGUAAGUGAACAAGGUGAUGUGAAAGGUACAAUUCAGAUCUUACUGGAGCCUACAUCAUCCCCACAUAUGCAGAGGAGGCCAAGCACAGAGGGUGAUAUAAAGUCCUCCAUGAAAUCCCUUUGUGAACAGGAGCAAGUACAGAUUGAGAAAGAAGAGGUGAUUAAGGGAGAUGUUCAGGGCACCAUAAAAACCCUGAUGAGGAAGAAAGACCAGUCGAGCCACAAAUCAAAAAUCAAUCCUCAUAGAAAAGGCAAAGCUCCCAAGAAAAAUCCAGUUUCUCCUCAAUCAUGUGAAAUCUGUGAAUGCAUAGCUGGACAUACAACUGAAGAAAUGUCAGCAAAUCCACCUCCAGUGAAAAACAUUCCACAAAGCUGCAUGCAAAAGACAUUAGAGAUCAAAUCUUCCGAAAUUCAAACAUCAUCUGAGGAGCAUUGUUCUACUGCAAAACAGAUGACUAUAGUUGGUCACUCUGAGUCCUCCCAAGGCUCUCAAAAGAUUGUGAAUGAACAGCAUAUCAAGCAAAAAGAAAACACUCCUAGUUCAGUGCUAUUAAAGAGGAAGAAUUUUGGAGGUCAGAUGAGUGAGAUAAAAUCUGAAAGUAAAACUGUGUCUUCAGCAACAAGUGCAUCAAAGGAGGCAUGUUCUACUGCUAAACAGAUUACUAUAGCUAGUCAAUCUGAGUCCUCCCAAGGCUCUCAAAUAAUUGUGAGGGAACAACAUAUUAAGCAAAAAGAAAACACUCCUAGUCCAGUGCUAUUAAAGAAGAAGAAUUUUGGAGGUCAGAUGAGUGAGAAGAAAUCUGAAAGUACAACUGUGUCUUCAGCAACAAGUGCAUCAAAGGAGGCAUGUUCUACUGCUAAACAGAUUACUAUAGCUAGUCAAUCUGAGUCCUCCCAAGGCUCUCAAAAAAUUGUGAGGGAACAACAUAUUAAGCAAAAAGAAAACACUCCUAGUCCUGUGCUAUUAAAGAAGAAGAAUUUUGGAGGUCAGAUGAGUGAGAAGAAAUCUGAAAGUACCACUGUGUCUUCAGCAACAAGUGCAUCAAAGGAUGCAUGUUCUACUGCUAAACAGAUUACUAUAGCUAGUCAAUCUGAGUCCUCCCAAGGCUCUGAAAAAAUUGUGAGGGAACAACAUAUCAAGCAAAAAGAAAACACUCCUAGUCCAGUGCUAUUAAAGAAGAAGAAUUUUGGAGGUCAGAUGAGUGAGAAGAAAUCUGAAAGUACAACUGUGUCUUCAGCAACAAGUGCAUCAAAGGAGGCAUCACAAACUCAUAUUAGCAUUAAGCAAACUCAGGAGAAAAAGACAGUUACGCAGGUGCAGACAGCUGUGACAACAGAACACACCACCAUAACCCAGAAGCAGAACACCAAAAAUGUAAAAUCAGAGAAAAAUAUUAAGAGCUUGAACUGCAAUCUCAGUUCCAAGGGUAUGAUCAAAAAAGUGAAGCCACAUCCAGAGAUUAACUUUCCUCCACCUCCAACCUCCCCUCCACCUCCCUCUGAAUCAGAGCUCUCUCUGCCUCCUCCUCCAUCUCCAGUGGCAGAAAGUUAUCUCCAGCCAGCUCUCUUGCCACAACCUCCUCUGUUUAUGAGACAGGACAGUGACCUUCCCCCUCCACCACCUCCACCCCCCAUCAUGGAAGCAGACACUGAAUUCUUUCCACCACCUCCUCCACUUCAAGACCUUCUGCCCCCUCCUCCAUCCCAACAAGAACUCAGCUCAAUCACCCUGGGUGGAAAACCAAAGGGCCAACCUCUAUUCAAAGUGCCCAAACCUGAGCCUCCUAAGGAAACACAGCCACCAAAAUAUAAAUGGCAGAAAAAGCAAACUGCUCCUGCUCCACCACCACCUCCCCCUCCUCCAUCUGUGCCAGAACAGGGUGAAACAGUUGCAUCAAACAUAUCCACAGUCACUGAAACUACAGAGACCGUAACUAAGCAAAAAGGACUGGUUAAAACUAUUAAGCCUCCAGCUCAAUCUGUUACUAAAGCUUCCCCAGUCACUCCUGUACCAUCAACAGCAGCUGAGGAAACAUCACGCCCUAAAAAAAUAUUUGUUCCGCCAAUUAAACUGCCACCUCCUCCUGAGCCUGCUGCUCCAAAACCAAGACCUUAUGCAAGUAAAUUCAAAACUCCACUGAUGCUUGCAGAGGAGAGAUACCACAAACAAAGAGAGGAGGUUGAAAAGAAUCAGGGAGAAUGUACUCCUACUUCACCUCCAGCUAUGUCACCAUUUAAGGUCAGUGAAAUGAAGGCUGAAACAGAGUCAAGCACACAGGAAGUUGAACAGUCCCAAUCAGUUCAUGAACAGCAAGAGCAAGCUAAUACACCAGAGCCUCUACAGAAGCCAGACGUGCUACCAAAAUAUACAGCGGAAAAAGCUGGUCCCCCAAAAAGUCCACAAUUCCCUUCAAAGCAAAAUCCACUUGCAAAUUUUCAUAUAAACAAACCCUCAUUUCCCAAAGUUGGUAAGAAAAUAACCACCGAAUCAUCUAGUGUUGUCUCAGAUAAAAAGCAGGAAUCUGUCGCUGCUUCCUUAGAGAUUAAAAGCCAUCCAGCCCCUAUUCCUGAGCAGGUUGAGGGUGUGAAAGCUUGCCUGGUACAACAAGAGAGUGUUCAGUCCUCAAUAAGUCUGAUCACUGCUUCUGUUCAAGCAGAAGAGAUCAAAAGCACAAAAAGUUGUGUGGCUCAAGAAGUCAAGAAGGUUCCCACUCAACCCACAAAGACCCCAAAAGUGACUCCUAGCUUUAAAGUGAAAACUUUUAAGGUAGAAACAGUUGAAAAACAGGAGGGCAGAAAGGGCACAUCUCAGAAAGAGCAAACACUUAGAGAUGCAGGAACACAUAAUGUCUCUCAAGUGUGCAUGGGUCAAGAGAGCUUCCAAAAAUCAUCCAGUGAUACGGAAAAGACUGAAGUAAAAGUUGAGAAAAAGGAGGAAGUAAAGCAAGACAAUCAAGAUGUCAAAAUGGAGGUCAAGCUAAAGAAACAAAAACAAAAAUCAAUUAAGCAGCUACCACCUGAGACACCAAAACCAUCAUUUGAUAUACAUCAAGUACAACCAUCUAUUUCGAUGGAGGUACAUCAAGGAGAAAGGCAGACAGCAUUCAUUCAAUCCCAUCCGACUGUGAGAGAAGAACAUGUCCAGAUUCAUGAAAAGAGAAUGGUCAAUCAGAGUACAGUUCAACAACAGAGCACUCAACAAAAAAGUCAAUUCCAGACAAAGAAGCACGUAAAGCCUCCACCAAGACCUCUAAGCAGAGAGGAAGCCAUGCAGCAGUCCAUACAGAAAGAGAAGCAUGAUAAAAUGGAGACAGCAGAAUCAAACGGGUCAGAGAGUUUAACCUUUACAACUGAAAGCUCUCAUACACAGAAAUGUGAUGAAAUUAAUAAGUUGUUGAGUUAUAUAAAACAGUUGGAAGAAGCCCCUGGAAAAAUCAAUCCAAAGACAGCAAAGACAAUGCUAAGUUUGGUUCCUGAUUGGCUAGUUGGUUCAGAGGAGAAGGACAAUUUAAACCGCAUUCAGUUCAACAAGCAGAAAACGAGAGAGGUCAUGGCCUAUUUGCAGAACCUUGCACAGGCUAAACAGAUUUUUUUAGAAGGAAGUUUGUCUGUUUUGGAGAUGCCAAAGAGUGAGCCAGCAGAGGAGAAGAAAAUUGUUGGUGGAGCCACACAGAAAAUAUCAAAAAUUACUAUCGGCUCUGCUAAAAGAGAUAAUCAGAAGAAAGUAGUGGAGGAGAAGAAGGCAGAGUGGCAGAGUGAGUCAAAAACUACAGAACUCAGAAUGCCACCAGAGCUAAGAAUGCAAACACCAUCACCCACUUUCAUCUGCAUUGAGUCGGCCAAGAGGACAGACUCUCCCUAUAGAGUGACCCCAUCACCCCCUCCCUAUUACAAGUCAUGCACCAUACCAACGCCUCCACCUCGCUGGUCUGAUACACCGACACGCCUGAAUCAAUCAUCCCCUUCUCCCACAAUGAGUCACUCUGAGAAGCUAGCUAAACUAAGAGAUACAACAGCCAAACUCUCUCAAGGCAUGACCCCACCACCCAUGCCUUUGCCUGAGCAUAUGUUGAAGGCCCAAACAGACUUGGAAGGGUCUCGCUCUUCCAGCCGCUCAGAGAUUAGCAUGGAGACAUACAUGAUGGAAUCAUCUUUGAUGGAUAUCACUGAGAUCCAUGGGGACUCUAUAAUGACAGUUAAAGACAAGCGUGAGUUCUUUGAGGAGGCUCAGAAAGCGGACAUUAACCGCACAUAUGUACGCAAGGGUCCCAUUGACAUCCCAGAGCGUCUUGGACCAGAUGCAGAAGACAGUGAGCUGGAGAUCCAGAGAUCCAUUGAUGUCCAUGAUAGAAUGUUAGAUAACUUGCCCAGGGUUGACCUGUCCAAGCUUGUUAACAAGUUUGAGUCUCCACAGCCUAAAAUGUAUGCUAGGAAGGAGCCUGUUGUGAUUGCUGAGAGACUUGAAAGUGACACAAAAGAAGCUGAAACCAAGAAGAAGCCAACACUGUUGGAAGAUAUACCAAACUUUGAUAUUAAAGCCCUCAAGAAUGUCUUUGAAAUGGGUGAGCAAGCCCACCAGCACACAAGGGAAGAAAAAAAGUUUCUUGAAAAACAUGAAGAAUCCAUUGCCCCAACAGGGUUCUCAGAAAUGAGAUCUGUAUCUGAGCACUUCUCCACUGUAGAUGAGUUUGGAAACCCUGUAACAGGGUCAAAGACUGAGAUGACCUCCCACUCUCAAAAUGUGACAACCCGCUGUGAUCCACCAACAUAUGCAGAUGUAGUCAGACGGAAAGUUCCUGUUCUGGACGUUCCACCUGAGGACUCUGCAGAGGAGUUAUUGAAGAGCUUCCAGCAGACAUGGGCAGAGAGUGAAAAUGUCUUCAAGAAAUUGGGCUUCAGUGUGUCUGAACAACACAGAACACAAAGUGUUUCACACCAGCACCAGACUGUAGUAACCGAAAAUACGAGUGCCAGAGUCCGAACUGUGUCGGGGAUGUCGGAAGACAGUGUAUCCCAUGGAGUCUCUUAUAGCGGACAAGCAAAACUUCCAUAAAAGCUGUUUUAGAUGUGCCCACUGCAGCAGCCAGCUCAGCCUUGUAAACUAUGCUUCUCUCCAUGGACGUGUGUAUUGUAAGCCACACUACAAACAGCUUUUCAAAUCUAAAGGCAACUACGAUGAAGGGUUUGGUGAAAGGCCCCACAAGGAACUUUGGGGUACAAAAAAACAGAACAACUCAUCAG